AUGGAAACGUGGUUUUUGGUUCUUGGCUGGUUUCUUUCCAUUCUGACGAUUAUUGGAAAUGGAUUUAUUAUAUUCCUUGUGUGCAACAAACGACAACUUCGCACCAAAACCAACGCGUUUGUGGUUUCACUCGCAGUUGCAGAUCUCUGUGUUGGGAUAUGUGUGUUUCCUUUGCUGUUUUUGCACGAGAUGACGAGAGAUCGCAGCUAUUGGCAAGAUUUAGAAAAGGCUACAUUCAUAGUGCGCUGGUUUUUUCAAGAUGCCUCUGUGGUGUGCCUGUGCAGUUUAGUAUUGGAGCGGUAUAUUGCCAUCGUGAUGCCUUACAAAUAUGUAACUUUUAUGACCCGUCGGCGCGUCAUACAAAUGAUUGCGCUUCCUUGGACGAUAACAGUUAUUUUUAUUUCGCUUGAAUCUUCACUCUUGAUCAGUUUAAAUUCAUUUAACUGGAAAAUUUUCAUGUGGUUUGCCAUUAUUUUCUUUGCGUUUUUGCCAUGUUGCAUGGUUAUUUUUUGCUUGGUUUCAAUACUGUUUGUUGUACAUAAACACAACCAACAAUUUCAUAUUUUAACACGACAAUUACGUUUUAAUUAUCGUGUUUCGUAUAAAACCUACGAGAAGUCUGCCGUUAUAUUGAUGUCAGUUGUUUCGGGUUUCUUUCUUGCUUACAAUGUUCUUGCUAUACGCUGUGGCAUUCUGUUUUUUCUGUUGAACAAAGGGUGUUCAGAUACUAGAUACAAAAUACCUAUGUUGGUUAUUAACUCCGCCGUUAAUCCGUUGGCUUAUGCAUCUUUCAAAAGGGACAUAAAGAAGGAAUUAAUAAGACUGAUG